UACGCUGGUGUGAAAACCCAUGCACUCCCAUUUAGAACAGUCAGUUAGCUAACGGUAGCUAGCUACAACACUAACGGGUAUUCUGCAAAUCGAGUGUCACGGUUUCUAUUGGAAUGCAACGUCAGUUAGCUAACUAUCUAAUAGCUUUUCUUCGUUUAACAGCCAACAAACAGUUUCCAUCGAACGCAUAUACACUUCAAUCUCUUGCUAGUUAGCGAGUUUGGAUUUCCCCGGAAGUGAGGUGGCCACUUGGAGGAGCAAGCCAAAGAUAAACACGUAUCGGAGACUCAGGCGUCUUUGGGGCUGGGGUGUAAAUGUUAGUAAAAUAGACAGCGAAAUGCUUGAAGGGAAAAGUAAUUGGUCGUAAUAUAGUUGAGGGACUUGAUACAUCUUGUAAUCAUAGUGAACGCCCCAAUCAAAGCGUUGGAACAAGCUCAACAAGUGCAUUCUGUGACAAAAACGACAUCGAACCAUACUGCCUACACAUGGUGCGUGCAGCCCUGGUGACUGCCACCAGUCUGGCUCUGACUGGCGCUGUGAUUGCCCAUGCCUACUUGCUCAAACACCAGUUCUACCCCACUGUGGUCUACCUCACCAAGAGUAGCCCCAGUAUGGCAGUGUUGUACAUCCAGGCGUUUGUGUUGGUGUUUCUUUUGGGAAAGUUCAUGCGUAAAGUCUUCUUCGGACAGCUGAGAGCUGCAGAGAUGGAGCAUCUGAUAGAGCGAUCCUGGUAUGCUGUCACAGAGACGUGUCUGGCCUUUACCGUGUUCAGGGACGACUUCUCUCCCCGCUUCGUUGCCCUAUUCACCCUGCUGCUCUUCAUCAAGUGCUUCCACUGGCUGGCUGAGGACAGGGUGGACUUUAUGGAGAGAAGUCCUAAUAUAUCCUGGGUCUUCCACUUCAGGGUGCUCUCUCUGAUGGUGUUGCUGGCAAUCCUGGACUUCCUGUUUGUCAACCAUGCCUGUCACAGUAUCAUCACACGAGGGGCCUCUGUCCAACUAGUCUUUGGAUUUGAGUAUGCCAUCCUGAUGACAAUGGUGCUCACCACCUUCAUCAAGUACACCCUCCACACUGUUCACCUCCAGAGUGACAACCCCUGGGACAACAAAGCAGUCUACAUGCUCUACACCGAGCUCUUCACUGGUUUCAUCAAGGUCCUCCUGUACAUGGCUUUCAUGACCAUCAUGAUAAAGGUUCACACCUUCCCCCUAUUCGCCAUCCGGCCCAUGUACCUGGCUAUGAGGCAGUUCAAGAAAGCAGUAACAGAUGCCAUAAUGUCGCGGCGAGCCAUCCGCAACAUGAAUACACUUUACCCAGAUGCUACUCCUGAAGAUCUGCUGGCUUCAGACAACGUGUGUAUCAUCUGUCGUGAAGAGAUGGUGACUGGAGCCAAGAAACUUCCUUGCAACCAUAUCUUCCACUCUAGUUGCCUUCGCUCCUGGUUCCAGAGACAGCAGACGUGUCCUACAUGUCGUAUGGAUGUCCUCCGGGCCUCUAACCCCAAUCAGCCCCCCACCCCAGCCCCUGCCCAGCCCCCUGCCCCAGCAGCACCCGCCAACGCCCCUGUCCCAGGACCACCUGGGAACGUUGGCCCUGGAAUGAUGCCCCACUUCCCCCCAGGGCUGUUUCCUUUCUGGGGCCCCUUCCCUGGAGCGGCCCCCCCUGCUGGUGCUCCUGGCGCCCCAGGAGCCACAGAGGUCCCUGGGGCCACAGAGGCAGCUCAGACUCAGGGAGCUGGCACGGGUCAGUCCACUGGGGCCAGUACAGUCGGUGCUGCUCCUGCUCCAGGAGGCCCUAUGCCUGGGUUCCCCUUCCCCUCCUUCCCACCCCCACCGUUCCCCUCACCUCCAUGGCUGACUAUGCCACCACCUCCACCGUUUGUGUCAUCCAUGCCCCCUCCUCCCCCGGCCCUGUCCACCAUGUCAGAGGCUGAGCUGAGGGAGCUGGAGCAGGACGGCCGUAGAGGCCUGGAGGCCAGACUGCAGUGUCUCCACAACAUCCACACUCUACUGGACGCUGCCAUGCUCAACAUCCACCAUUACCUCACUACCGUCGCCACGCUCACUCCUCCUCAGUCAGAAACCAGCAGCGCUGCUGGCGAGGCCAGUGGAUCAUCUCCUCCCUCCACUAGUGCAGAAACCCAGGAGAAUGACUCUCAGAGCAGUACAGCCGCUGAACCUGAAGCUGUGAAUGGGGCCACAGGUUUCUCCCAGCCAGACUCUACCACGUUGGGCGACAGUGAAGACAAGCGCGAUGAAGAGGAAGGAGAUGGAGAGGAAAUCGGCGACGACGGAGAGCCCAACCCUUCAGAGCUGAGGCGCCGUCGUCUCCGCAAACUCGAGACCACACCCCCUCCUCCUGACCACUGAUACAUGCCUACUGAUGCAUUCUGGGAACUGACUUAUCAAUCAAUACAUUAUUGAUUACCAAUCAAUAAUAAGAGAUGUAUUUUAUUUUUCUCUUUUCCCUCCUGGCUCUGUGUUUUGUGCUGUUUAAACUCACAGCCAAGAGAGAGGAAGAAGGAUCAACUGUUGUUCCACAACCUUUUUGUUGCUGGAACAUAUUAAAAACAAGAUUUAUUUUCUUUUUCAACUGCCUGACAUCUUAUGAUCCAUAUGCAGGUGUUUUGUUCCACCACUCUUCACCCAAUACUGAGGAGUGAUAUUCAAACACACAGACCCAACUUCUUCAAAUACAGACCUGACCGGAGAUCGGUAUUAUUCAAAUGCGGACCAGACUUCUUCAAAUGCAGACCGGACCUCAGACCUGAUUUCUUUAAAUAGACCUGACUUCUUCAAAUGAAGACUGGACCUCAGACCUGAUUUCUUUAAAUAGACCUGACUUCUUCAAAUGAAGACUGGACCUCAGACCUGAUUUCUUUAAAUAGACCUGACCUGACUUCUUCAAAUGCAGACCGGACCUCAGACCUGACUUCUUCAAAUACAGACCUGAUCUAAGAGCUGACUUCUUGGUCAGUGACAACAAAGUGGACAGUGUUUUAAAUCUCAGAUCACUGCUACUUCUCCUUCUACCGUGGAGUCAAUCCAACUGUGAGAGGUUGCUUUUUCUUCGUGACUGUAAAAUGGAUCCCCCUUACUGUCCUGCUUGUCAGACCGUGUUACAGGGAGGUCUGACCCUUUUUGAGUUAAAGGAAGCGAUGUCUGAAAUGGGCCCCCUAUUCCCUAUGUAGUGCAUAGGUCUCUGGUUGAAAGUAGUGCACUAUCUAGGGAAUAGGGUGUAGCCAUAGCGUCCUGAGUGAUGGAGGUUAUACUUUUUGUUUUUGUAAUUUCUGAUUUCUCAAGAUUUUGCUGCGGGCGGGGUUAUUAUAACUUAAUAGGAAAGUGGGUUGAUUUAACUUGUACAUACUGUAAAGUUUUACUAGGAUGAUCUGUACAUACUGCAGAAUAAACCAUUGAAAUGAAAUGUU